UACGCUCCGGAGAGACUGUUAGUAGAUAUUUUAAUGCUGUUUUGGAUGCUUUAUGUGUAUUAUCUCGUGAUAUUAUUGUCAUGAGAACUACGGAAACACAUCCAAAGAUAUCCACCAGCCCAGGAAGAUUUUACCCAUACUUUGAGAAAUGUGUAGGAGCAUUGGAUGGCACACAUAUACCGGCAUCGGUUCCUAUAUAUAUGCAAGAUAGGUUUAGGGGUAGAAAGCACUAUCCAACACAAAAUGUCUUAGCUGCCGUAGAUUUUGACCUUAAGUUUACAUAUGUGUUGGCCGGAUGGGAAGGAUCAGCUCAUGAUUCUUUUGUGCUUCAAGAUGCAUUGUCACGGCCGUCAGGUUUAAAAAUUCCAGAAGGUAUAAGUCAAGUCAUUAAUAUACCGUGUUUUAGCUUCCAAAAUGAAUAGCUAAUGGUAGUUCAAUCUAAUUGUAGGUCACUACUUUUUAGCCGAUGCUGGUUAUGCUGCUAGACCUGGCAUAUUACCUCCAUAUCGAGGUGUCCGGUACCACCUUAAGGAGUUUCAGGGUACUAGACGACCGGAGAAUCCAAGAGAAUUGUUCAACCUUCGUCACUCCUCUCUUAGGACAACGAUUGAGCGGGCAUUUGGCACACUCAAAAACAGAUUUAAGAUACUUACAAGUCAACCAUUCUUCCCUUUAAAAACACAAGUCAAGAUAGUUUUGGCAUGCUGCACUUUGCAUAACUUUAUAAUUGAUGAUGGACCUGAUAUUUAUGUUUAUGAUGAUGCGACAUGGUUUCAAACUCUUCCAAGAAGCAAUCGUUCACAUGGGGAUAUUAAUAGGGACAACCAGCAAUGGGCAACCAUACGUGAUCAGAUAGCUCACCAAAUGUGGGAUGAGUGGGACCAAAAUUGAUGAUUGUGCUGCUGUUUUGGGAUAUUAUUUUAAAUGUAUUGUAUGGCUUUAUUGAGACCUUAUUUAAUUGUUUUGAGACAUUAUUAUGUGGCUGUUUUGAGACCCUAUUUAAUUGAUUUGGAUUGCUGUUUUGAGAUCCUAUUUAAUUAUAUCAUAUAGCUGUUUAAUUGAAUUGUGUUGCUGUUUAACUGUAUUAUUGGGCUAUUUUGACACCCUAUUUGAUUGUAACAUUAUAACAUGUGACAAUUUUGAGACACUGUUAUGAACUGAUCUUGAGUACAGAUAUGGGCAAGGGAAAGGAAAAGGAUGAAGGUGAUGGCACCACUCGCGAGAGGACCAUUCUAUGGGAUGAGGAUCAAACUAAAUUUAUGCUUGGUUGGUUCAUUGACUACAUAAAGGAGCAACAUGCUGGUUUCAAGAUAAAAAAACAGCAUCACUUCAAGUGUUCAGAAGCAUUGAACAGGCAGUUCAAUAUGGGGGUAACUGCUACUCAAGUUGAGAGACAUUUCAGACAUUAUAAGGAAAAUUGGAAGUUCAUUAAAACAGCUUUAAGCAAGAGUGGUAACACAUUUGACACCUCCAGAUCUAUGGUUAUCAUAUCUGAAUCAGAGAAGGCUAACCUACAGGUCAGGGCAAGAAGGCUCCUGUCCAAGCCCAUCAAAUUCUUCAAUGAAAUGCAGGAACUAUUCCUUAACAGCAGUGCUGAUGGUUCUCUUGCCAUGGACGCCAACACUUGUAUGAAUGAGACACAAGGUGAUGAAGAUAAUGAUUAUGAUGAUGACGUAUGCAAUGACUUGUCCAGCUAUGCUCGGCCUGAAGAUAAUCUAGGUGAUGAUUCAGACACUUUACCUUCCCCUAUAAGUGGACAGCCCAGCAUAGCAUCUCAAGUGGCUGAGCAAAGCUCAUCUAGCUCAGGAGUCAAGCGUCUAAGAAGUGAGGGAAAAGCACCCAAGAGAGAUGUGAGACCAAAGAGCCGCAUGUCUAGGGUAGGAGAUGCAAUCACAACUGCUUUAGUGGAACUUCAAAAUGAAAUCAGGAAGCCACCACCACCUCCACCAUCUAUGCGCAACUCUGAUGAUAUAUUAUGGCAAAGACUUGAGAACAUGACUUUAACUACUGACCAAAAGCUGAUGGUAGGAACAUUUCUAGCAUCCAAAGAACAAAAGGGGAUGCGUAGUUUCUUAUCGGGCUCAUCCGAGGUAACAUUCCAGUCAUGGGUUUUCAAGUUUCUUAGCGAUUCGGGGAUGUGAAUUGGCUAUGUAUGGUGGCCUGCUAUUUUGUUUAAGUACUCAGGCUCAUCGAGUUUUCAGCUAGGAGGAUGUGGUCAAUGAAGACUGGA